GUUUAAAAUUGCAGAUUGCAGAGACCCAUGCAUGUAAUUAAAUUAUCUGGAACAACGGAGAGCAAGCUGUUGUGGUGAGAAUUGAGGAAACUAUGGUGGUACACAUGCACACCAAGUUCUGCUUCCUAUGCUUGGUGACGUUCCUGUUUCAUCUGUGCAGCCACUGCCACGAGGAUGGCCACCACCACCAUGGGGUGGGGGGCCAGGUCCACGAUCACAACGACUACCAGAUCUCCCAGGAGCCUUACAUGCAGAACAAUGUGGACAUCGAGUUUCCUCCUGACCACGACUCCCUCAGCAAAGAGGCUGAGAGCGAGCAGAAGUUUUAUGUAGAGCAGCUGUUCCGUCGCUAUGGGGACAGAGGGAAACUCGACUUUGGAGGCUUUAAGAAGUUGCUGUCCAGCCUGGGGCUUGGGGAAGUGCAUGUAGUAGAGAUGGACCAUGAAGACUUGGGACACGAUCACGUGGCUCAUUUGGAAGCACUGGAGGUACAAGAGGGGCUGCAUUCCCACAUGCACCACCACCCCCCUACUCCACUGUCCCAUUCCCACACACACUCCAACCAGGAGGAGAACAAGACUAGUGUUAGGGAUGUCCAUUCUGCCCACUGUAACCAGUCCCAACAAAGGACAGCAGGACCUACAACCACCAGACAUUCCCAUGAGGACCACAACCCCCUGCACAAACUCCACCCACAUCACCACAACCAUACUGAUUCUCACGCACACCACCAUCACUCCCAUCAUCAUCACCACCAUCACGUGAACCACAGUGUUUCUGGAAGCAGCGUGACCGCAGAGGCUUCACAGAGCUUGAACUCUACCCGCAGGCAGCAGCAGCAACAACAGUCUACAGAAACCAUGACCAGGAAGCACAGGAAGAAAAAGAAAGGCGCCCGUAACAAAGAUGCAGCUCCCCAGGCCGCAGCUGACGACGAGGGUGAUCACCACAGCAAUGAAAGCCAGAACCCCCACUUGCACACAGGGGAUGCACAUGCGAACACUGACCAUGACGAGCAUGCCAGUGGCCAUAAGCACAGCCAUGGCUCUGAGGACGAGCACGCACAUGUACGCAAGCGAGAGGCGCCCAACAAUCACAAAGCUGCUAUCAAGCACACUGUGCCAUUCUCUCUGAGUGAUCAUGUAGCGGGUGAAGCACACCUGCACGAUGAGUGUCUGAACGUCACACAGCUGCUGGAGUACUACAGUUUUAGCCCAGGCUCUCUGAUCUCCCAAGAGCAGUUCACCUACCUCUGCCCUGCCCUGCUCUACCAGAUCGACAGCAGGGUCUGCAUCCUACACAGUGAUGAACUGGCCAUUGACCACAAGUCUCUGAACGAGUCUGCUCUCUCAGCCUGGGUCUGGGGACUCAUCUCCAUCACUAUCAUCAGUCUGCUGUCCCUGCUUGGAGUGAUAAUGGUUCCCAUCAGUAACCAGUCUUGCUUCAAGUUCCUUCUCACAUUCCUGGUGGCUCUGGCAGUGGGGACACUGAGCGGAGACGCACUGCUCCAUCUACUGCCCCAUUCACAAGGCGGACAUGAUCACAGUCAUGAAGGCGGGAAGGGGGAGCAUGAGCAGGAGGACUCUGACUACCUGACCCAGUACAGUGCUGUGUGGAAGGGGCUGACUGCCCUGGGGGGCAUCUACCUCCUCUUCAUCAUUGAGCACUGCAUAGGAAUGUUCAAGCACUACAAGGACAAAGGGGGGAACAGAUCUUGGUGCUGGAAGAAAAAGAAGGAGGAUGAAACGACAAUCGGAAUUAAGCUGUCUGAUCAUAAACUGAAUCGCAGGUCAGAUGCAGAGUGGCUGCACCUGAAACCACUGACAGGGCCAGAUGAUUCUGCACUGUCUGACAAUAAGCACAAUAACACUCAGCUGACAGAGAUCCAGGGCCCCCCAGACUCCCCCAACAAGAGACCCCUGUCCCCAGAAGAGGAGGCUAUCAUGCUCCCCCAACACACAGAGCACAAACACCAUCACCAGGAGGCGAACUUCUCUGCAGCAGCGGGGAACGGGAGGAAAGUGAAAACGAAGAAGCACCACCACUCGCAUGGACACGGGCAUUCCCAUGGGAACUGCCACUCUGACCAGGAGAUGAAGGAUGCUGGGAUAGCUAGCAUUGCCUGGAUGGUGAUCAUGGGGGACGGCAUGCACAAUUUCAGUGACGGUCUGGCUAUAGGUGCUGCAUUCAGUGCAGGGGUGACAGGGGGCAUCAGUACCUCCAUUGCUGUAUUUUGCCAUGAGCUCCCUCAUGAGCUUGGUAAGUGUUUGGCUGUGCUCGAUAGCUUCUAG